AUGACGGGAGCCACAGAAGAACUGACCCCCAGUGUCUGUGAGCCCGCAGACCAGCCAAUGUCCUGUCGCUGCGACGAAGUGCGGGACCCCGGCAUGGAGGGCGGCACGGAAGUGACGUGUUUCGUGGUCAGGACGCUGUCGGCUGACCACGCCGUCUUCAAGUCCCUGGAAAGGCUACCGUCAGUCGUGGCGGUCACCUUCACCGCGUUCGGAGAGAAGUAUAAGUUGGACUUCGUGCCCACUGUGUUGCUGCGUCGGAAACCGCUCCUCCAGCGCCUCAAAUUCUCACAGGCCGAGCUGGGCUCUUUGAAGAGUCACUCUUUCUACAACCACUCCAAGCUCGCCGUCCUUUCUCUCGAUUCCAACGGGAUCACGCAGCUCCAGAAGGAUUCUAUCGCCCACUUACCACGGCUGAGGAAACUCGAACUGGGAGACAACAAACUCGAGCGUUUAACGACGCGUUCGUUCCCCCACCUCCCCCUGCUGACCUACCUGUUCCUUGAGCGGAACCAGAUCGAGGUCAUUGAGGACCUCGCCUUCGCGGGGCUCUCGAAGCUGAAAGAGCUCGACCUGAGCGACAACGCGAUGACCAACCUGACCGAGCGCACGUUCGAGGGCCUCUCCCAGGUGAAGCGUCUGGACAUGUUCAGGAACAAGCUGCGGCGGUUGGACGCCCGGGUCUUCGGCGCCAUGCCCCUCCUGUCCGAACUCGACCUCAAGUACAACGAGAUCUCCGAGGUGGAUCCGGUGGCCUUUGACGGACUCGCGCACCUGACGGUCCUGUACCUGUCCCAGAACCGGCUGCGGGUCUUGCCUGCCAACAUGUUCGUCGGAGCGCCCAAUCUGGUGAACGUGGACCUUUCGCAGAACAGGCUGCUCACGCUUACCUGGAGGACGGUCGAGGACUUGAGGAAGAUCGGCGCAGAGUCCUUCGACAUGAGCCUCACUGUUCUGCAGAUGGCUCUCUCGGUGCGUGGGUUGUACUCAGGCGGCCAUAUAGCUGGGGGUCCCGGCAAAGGUUCUCGGGUGAGGAGGUGA